GGGGGGAGGGGGAAGAAGCUUAGCUGUAAGAGAAGGGGGACCAAUGAUUAUGAUUGCUUUUUAUGUGUGUAAUUAAUUGAGUAGAUUCUUGUAAGACCACUUAAGGUUUGACUCAUUGGAAUUCUCUUAUGUGGUUCCCAUGUUUGGUGGUUUGCUUUUUUCCGUUGAUGGGGUUCGUUUAAUUUUGGUUAUUAAAUGUUAAGAUCAUAUGGGUAUCAUAAGUUUUUUUCAAUUGAAUUCAGGAGAAUUUGUGUUGGAGAAAGUAGAAACUGAGUGAAAGGUUGAAUAAAGAGAGGUGUGUUGUGGAGUUUGGAUCUUGUGAUGGCACCUGCUGGGAAGGUUACUGGAUUCUACCGUGAGGGAGAUGACUGGUUUUGCAAUGCAAGUUUGGUCAGUGAUGUUACCUUGGUAGUGGAUGGAGUAAACUUCCACCUUCACAAGUUUCCACUUAUGUCAAGAUGUGGGAGGAUUGCCAAAAUACUAGAAGCAGCUCAAGGUCCGCCUGAAGGGACUUUGCUGACAACUUUAGAAGACUUCCCUGGUGGGAGUGACAUAUUUCUGGUCGCUGUUAAAUUCUGCUACAGUAUUCGAGUUGAAUAUACCCCAAGGAACAUAGUAAUGAUUUAUUGUGCAGCAGACUACUUAGAGAUGACGGAGGAGUAUGGAGAAGAUAAUUUACUGUUGAAGGCAGAUGCUUACUUUCAUAAGAAUACUAUAAGGAAUUGGAAAGAUUGCAUAUUGGCUCUCCAAACUUGUGAUCCUGUCAUUCCAAGAGCAGAUAAGCUAGAGAUCAUUAGUAAAUGCUUGAAUGCGCUCUCUGUGAUGGUCUGCACAGAUCCUAGUUUAUUUGGAUGGCCUAUGUUGAUGUAUGGCAGCUUACAGAGCCCUGGAGGUAGUAUAUUGUGGAAUGGAAUUAACACUGGUGCUAGAAUCCAAACCACUGAAUCUGACUGGUGGUUCGAAGACAUCUCAUAUCUUUCUGUACCAUUAUUUCAGAGACUAAUUCAAACCAUGGAAGCCAGAGGUAUUAGACAUGAAAAUUUAGCAGGUGCUAUGAUGUACUACUGUAGAAAGUACCUUCCGGGACUUGGCCGGUGGCAGAGUGGGCAAAGUGGUAAAACUAGAACAGUUGCUAGUUUCAGUAUGACACCCGCUGCCGUUGAUCAGAAAGUUCUCCUAGAAAGUGUUGUGAAACUGCUUCCUGAAUUGAAGGGAAAAUCUUUUUGCCGUUUCUUGUUGGGACUUCUGCGAGUUGCGUUGAUUCUUGGUGUGAACCACACAUGCCAGGACUCGCUGGAGAGGAGAAUAGGAAUGCAAUUGGACCUAGCGUCCCUUGAUGGUUUGCUGAUACCUUCCUACUCAGAUUCUGAUACAUUAUAUCACACUGACUGUGUUGAACGAAUGAUUCAUCAUUUUAUAUCUUCUGAACCUGGGGUCGCCGCAACACCUGUUCCAUCUUCAUUUGAGAUAGGAACAUCACCAUCAUCUCACCCUUUAAGGAGAGUGGCGAAGCUGGUAGACAGCUAUAUUGCAGAAGUUGCAUCUGAUGUGAACCUAAAACCUGGAAAAAUUCGUUCACUUGCUGAAGCUCUCCCAGAAUCUUCAAGAUCUCUGCAUGAUGGGCUAUAUAGAGCUAUAGAUAUAUACUUUAAGGCACAUCCUUGGCUCUCAGAUAAAGAGAAGGAGCAGCUUUGCAACAUAAUCAACUUUCAGAAGCUCUCUAUUGAUGCUUGCGCACAUGCAUCCCAGAAUGACAGGUUGCCUCUUCGAGUAGUUCUCCAAGUCCUGUUCUUCGAGCAAUUGCAACUGAGAACAGCUCUAGCUGGCUGCCUUCAUGUCUUGGAUACAGAAAGUGCCCCUGCAGCUCCUCUCACUGUCACUGGCCCCAGUGAUGUGGCAGGUCAAGUUGUUCAGAGAGAUGGAUGGGUGACAGUCGUGCGUGAGAACCAGGGUCUAAAGGUGGACUUAGAAAGGAUGAAGUCCAGGGUUGGUGAACUUGAAGAAGAAUUCAGCAAGAUCAAACAAGAGAUGAGAAAGGUCACAAAGUCGCACAGUUACCUCAGUUCCCCACGCUUUCUUGCCCGAAAGAUUGGAUGCAAGCUGCUUCCCCAAUCGUCAGACACUCAACCAGAUGUGGUUGAAAGCACUGGUCCAACCCCAAGAUCAUCCAUAGAGCAACCGAGAAACUCAAGACACCGUAAAAGUUCCUCUUUGUUUUGAUUUUAUGAUGAAAAGACUCGGGUUGGACAUCCAUACAACUGAAGAAUGGUCUUCAGAAAUAUUUAUCCAUUGCCCCAGAAAUUUUGGGUUACAUGUUUGGAAAAGAUUCAUCCCAUGAUAAUUGGAGGCACAAGCACCUUAUAUUUCCCUCAGAGAGACCAAAUAGAGUUUGUUACAUAACAUACAACCCUCACGCUUGGACCAAAGAACAUACAACCCUCACUCCAAUUUUGGAAUGGUGAAAGCCUGAUCGCAGAAGCUGGUACUCUCUUGUUGAGCAUUAUGAAUCUUAUACAAACAUAGAACUCAGCUGAUACUUAGUAAAUAUAUGUUCCUUCCUUGGAACAAUACAAUAGGACUCUGAUGUCCAAAUUCUCCCUUAUACAUGUACAGCUUCAUGAAGAGCUCUGUAAAGUGACAUGAUGAAGGUAUUCGUGUUUUGUUUUUCAAAAGUAUACAAGUGUAUGUGCUAACUGUGGCCAUAAAAUCGAGGUCCAAACACUUUAUUGCGAUGGGACCAAUUAUUUCCUAAAAGAAGUAUGUAUCGUGCUUCACGUUCAUUAUUUUCAAUU